AUGGUCAUCACGAACACCCUGGGCGCGAAUGAGGUCGAAUACGAUUUCGUGAUUGUCGGUGGCGGCACGGCUGGCUGUGUUAUUGCGUCUAGACUCGCAGAAGAGCUCCCUAACGAGCGAAUCAUUGUUAUCGAAGCUGGUCCCAGCGACUGGCAGGACGAGAACAUCCUGCAGCUCAAGAAUCUGCUCAACCUGCUAGGUGGCGAUUAUGACUAUAACUACACUUCGACAGAACAAGAAUUUGGCAAUAGUCACAUUGUUCACUCGCGAGCGAAGGUCCUGGGCGGUUGCUCGAGCCACAACGGCGGUAUCGCAAUGCACCCUUGGGAGUACGAUUGCAAAAAAUGGGCCGAAGCAGGCGCGGAAGGCUGGUCUUUCGAGACUUUCACGCGACUUGUCAAGAAACUGCGAAACACCAUCAACCGGAUCCCAGACGGUCAGCGUAACCCCCUUGUCAACGACUGGAUCGAGUCCGCCUCAAAGGCCCUGGGCAUUCCUGUAACUGAAGACUUCAACUCGGAAGUUGUGUCAUCUGCCAGAAUGACCGCCGGAGCUGUUGGAUACCUGCCAGUCACUUACGACCCCGACAAUGGCCAUAGGUCCAGCGCGAGUGUGGCAUACAUCCAUCCGAUCAUCAAAGAAGACGAGAAGCGACCUAAUUUGAAGAUCCUGACCAAUGCAUGGGUUAACAAGAUCAAUGUCGUGAAGGAUACUGCUGCUGGAGUUGAUGUUACACUGCAGUCAGAGCAGCGAAUCACCGUCUCCGCGAAGGGCGAGACGAUCCUCUGCGCUGGAAGCAUCGAUACGCCCAGACUCAUGCUCUUAUCCGGCCUCGGGCCAAGGGAGGACCUAGAAACGGUGGGUAUCCCCGUUGUGAGAGAUAUCCCCGGCGUUGGCAAGAACCUCAUGGACCACCCGGAGACGAUCAUCGCCUGGGAGAUGAAUGAGGAGAUCCCCCCGCAGACAGCGAUGCAUUCCGAUGCCGCCGUUCUUGUCCGCCGCGAGCCGGCAAACGCUGCAGGGGACGAUGGCACGUUGCCAGACAUGAUGAUGCACAUCUUCACCGUUUCUUUUGACACCAAUCUGAAGCGGCUGGGUUAUACUUCAGAGCAGCCCAAGACGCUGUUCAGCGUCGUCCCUAACAUUCCGCGGUCUCGAUCGCGAGGUAAGAUUUACCUCAAGUCCGCGGAUCCGAAGGAGAAGCCGGCUAUCGACUUCCGAUACUUCACGGACCCAGAGGGCUACGAUGAGGCGUCCGUUGUGUGGGGGUUGAAGGCUGCACGGAAGAUUGCGGAGGAGUCGCCAUUUAAGGGGUGGAUCAAGCGGGAGUUUGCGCCUGGCCCGGCUAUUCAGAGCGACAAGGAACUUUCGGAAUAUGGUCGAAAGGCGGGAAACACGGUUUUCCAUCCGUGUGGCACGACCAAGAUGGGAAACAUUCAAACGGAUCCGUUGGCAGUAGUUGAUUCGGAGCUCAGGGUCAAGAGCAUUCAGAUGCUCCGGAUUGCAGAUGCGGGAGUUUUCCCGCUUAUUCCCACGAUUAAUCUCAUGUUGACGGUUCUGGCUAUGGGGGAGAGAGCGGCGGAGAUGAUCGUGGCGGAUACCAUCAUGCAAACUGGAGAUGUUCCUCAUGAUUCACGCUUGUAA